AUGGUUCGCAUUGGCAAUAAAGAAAUACCGGAAAACAAAAAUAUUUGGGUGGCUUUAAGUUACAUUCACGGCUUUGGAAAAAAAUUCGGUCCAACUUCCCCUUCUCGGCGAAUUUUGGCUGAGUUAAAUAUUAAUCCAUUGGUUAAGGUUCGGGAUUUAACUUCUGAACAAAUUAGCCAAAUUAGUCAAAAAGCAAAAGAAUUCCCCACAGAGGGAGUGUUAAAAGAGCAAGUUCAAAAAAAUAUUAACGAACAAAUUAAUCUAGGCACUUACCAAGGAUUAAGACGUUCUCGGAAACCGAAUCCUUUGCCGGUUCAUGGAAAUUACUAUAUUAUAGCCGACCACCUGCGAACAACUAUUUUCGCUCUGGCUGAUGGUGCCACAUUUGAACCCAAAGGGCGCGGUUAUAUUCUUAAAAAAUUAGUCAAAAAGGCCACCUUGCUGGCCUAUUUACUUGGUUUGAGCACCGAACAAUUGAUAGAAGUCAGCAAAAAAUUGAUUGCAGUUAAUUCUUCUUAUUACCAACAUUUAAAAAAAAGGGAGGAUUUAAUAAUUAAUGAAUUAAAAAAAGAAAUCGUUAAGACUAGAGAGUUUAUCGAUAAAUCAAUCCAAGAAUUAGGCAAGUAUUACGAGCCUUCAAUUACAGCCAAAGAUAUAUUUUUUUGGUAUGAUACCAAAGGUAUUCCAGAGGAGUUGAUCCGUUUUUUUUUAGCAAAAAAUAAUUAUCAGUUUCCCGAAAGAGAAUUUAAUCAACUAUUAGAGAAACAAAAAGAGAGGGGCCGCCAGGACCGAGCCGGAAAAAAAGUAGCGGUUUUUUAA